CUUUAAUCUAUAAUUCCUCUUCCCGUCAACAUACUUGCAACGCUCACUGAGAGAAAGUCUGGCUUAAAGGAGUUUACUGAUUCCCGCCAGGAUGCAUCUCGUACCCAAAGAGCUCGAUAAGCUCGUCAUCUCUCAAUUGGGCUCCAUAGCACAGCGGCGGCUCGCCCGGGGCGUCAAGUUGAACCACUCGGAAGCAACGGCAUUGAUCGCAAGCAACCUGCAAGAGCUCAUCCGCGAUGGCAAUCAUACCGUCGCUGACCUUAUGAGCCUGGGUGCCACCAUGUUGGGCCGGCGCCAUGUGCUCCCCUCCGUGUGCAGCACCCUCCACGAGAUUCAGGUCGAGGGCACAUUCCCCUCGGGGACCUACCUUGUGACGGUCCACAACCCCAUCGCCACGGACGACGGGGAUCUCGCCCGUGCUCUGUACGGCAGCUUCCUCCCCGUGCCAAGCAAUGACCUCUUCGCUGUGCCCGAGGCCGCCGCCUACGAGCCCAAGCGGGCGCCCGGCGCCGUCGUCACCGCCGCCCGCAAGGUGACGCUCAACGGGACGCGGAAGCGUAUCCGUCUCAGGGUGAAGAGUAAGGGUGACCGCCCCAUCCAGGUCGGCUCGCACUACCACUUCAUUGAGACGAACCCGCAGCUCGAGUUCGACCGGGAAAAGUCGUACGGCUACCGCCUAGACAUCCCCGCUGGCACAUCGGUGCGCUUCGAGCCUGGCGACGUCAAGACGGUGACCCUCGUUGAGAUCGGCGGCAACCGAGUCCUCCGCGGCGGCAACCGUCUCGCCUCGGGCGGUGUCGAGCUGUGGCGCGCGAGCGAGAUUGUCGAGAAGCUCCAGCUGGCCGGCUUUGCCCACGCUCCAGAGCCUGAGGCCAUCGUGGACUUUGCUGAGGCGUACCAGAUGGAGCGCGCCGCAUACGCAACCAUGUUCGGCCCCACCGUCGACGACAUCAUCCGCCUGGGGAACACCGACCUAUGGAUCAAGGUCGAGAAGGACUUCACCGUGUACGGCGACGAGUGCAAGUUCGGCGGCGGGAAGACGCUGAGAGAGGGCAUGGGCCAGGCGACGGGGCGACCGGACGCCGAGACGCUGGACAUGGUCGUCACCAACGCGCUCGUCGUCGACUGGACGGGCAUCUACAAGGCCGACAUUGGAGUGAAGGACGGCAUGAUUGUGGGGAUCGGGAAGGCCGGCAACCCGGACGUCAUGGACGGCGUGACGCCCAACAUGGUUGUUGGCAGCUGUACCGACGUCGUUGCCGGCGAGGGUAAGAUCAUCACAGCCGGCGGCGUCGACUCACACAUCCACUUCAUCUGCCCUCAACAGGCGAACGAGGCCAUCGCGUCGGGCAUCACGACGAUGCUAGGCGGCGGUACUGGUCCUAGCGCUGGCACAUGCGCGACGACAUGCACACCCGGUAAGAACUACAUGCGCGAUAUGCUCCAGGCCUGCGACACCCUGCCGUUGAACAUCGGCAUCACCGGAAAAGGCAAUGACUCGGCGCCCGAGGCCCUGCGAGAGCAGGUCCUCGCCGGCGCCUGUGGCCUCAAACUCCACGAAGACUGGGGCACGACGCCGGCGGCCAUCGACACAUGCCUCAGCGUGUGCGACGAGCUCGACGUGCAGUGCCUCAUCCACACCGACACACUCAACGAGUCCGGCUUCGUCGAGUCCACCAUCAAUGCCUUCGCCGGCCGCACCAUACACACCUACCACACCGAGGGCGCCGGCGGCGGCCACGCGCCUGACAUCAUCUCCGUCGUUGAGCACCCCAACGUCCUGCCGUCCUCGACGAACCCCACACGCCCCUACACGCGCAACACGCUCGACGAGCACCUCGACAUGCUCAUGGUGUGCCACCACCUGUCCAAGAACAUCCCUGAGGACGUGGCCUUUGCCGAAUCACGCAUCCGCGCCGAGACCAUCGCGGCCGAGGAUGUGCUCCACGACCUCGGCGCCAUUAGCAUGAUGUCGUCUGACUCGCAGGCCAUGGGCCGCUGCGGCGAGGUCAUUCUCCGUACCUGGAACACGGCGCACAAGAACAAGGUGCAGCGCGGCUUCCUUGCCGAGGACGAGGGGACUGGCGCCGACAACCUCCGCGUCAAGCGGUACGUGUCCAAGUACACCAUAAAUCCGGCCAUUGCGCAGGGGUUCGGCCACCUUGUCGGCAGCAUCGAGGUUGGCAAGCUCGCCGACCUGGUCGUCUGGGAUCCGGCUUGGUUCGGCACAAAGCCGACAUUGGUUAUUAAGAGCGGCCUCAUCGCUUCGGCACAAAUGGGCGACCCCAACGCGUCGAUUCCGACGGUCCAGCCCAUCAUCGCGCGGCCCAUGUUCGCACCCCUCGUCCCCGCGACGUCGGUGCUCUUCGUCUCGGAAGCCUCCAUCAGCUCGGGCGCCAUCGCGUCCUAUGGUCUCCGGAAACGCGUCGAGGCCGUCAAGGGAUGCCGCAACAUCGGCAAGAAGGAUAUGCGCUUCAACGACAGUAUGCCCAAGAUGCGCGUCGACCCAGAGAGUUACGUCGUAGAGGCCGACGGCGUCGUGUGCGAGGCGGCACCCGCAGAGACGCUGCCUUUGACGCAGGCGUUUUACGUAUACUGAGUGGGGGAGGGUUGUAGAGAGUGUAUGAUCCCCAAGUAACGGGGCGGCGUGUUCGUGACGCGAAGGCAGCACGCAAGUGAUAGUCGGGGACCGAAAGAGGUCAUGAUAGGAGUCCGAGCAUGCGUGCGGUCGAGGGGAGCAUUUCACAGCGUAGCGGGCGUCAUAUGGGUGCUGGGGCGUACGCAUAUAUACAUGUAGGAUUGGGAAUCUAAUGACACAUGAGAAACCCGUGGUUCGUUCCAAAAGCAAUACAACAUUGUUUCAUUACGAAAUCGCUCCAGGUUUAAGGCAGGAGAAGGCUUGACCGUCGUAUUUGACAAACUCUCAGCGGUCUGUCGGCGAAAACCCGGCCAUCCCCCAACAACGAUCUACCGCACAUUUGGCUUGUUCUAGGAUACACUCGUCUAUACAGUCGUGACGACUUUGCCGCUUCACUGCAGACGAUCUAGUCUGCCUAUGGUAGGGCUGCUACCAAGACCGGCCAUUCUUUACCCCCAAUCAUCCAUCUGAUUACAAGACGAACAGAACAAUCUGGACCUGAGGCCGAACGACACUUGCAGUGAACCGCCUGGUUCGACCCACGAUGCCCCCAGUUCACGCAAUAUGAUACACACCCGUAAUGAUCAAAGUUAUUUUUUGAUUCAUGUCCAUCAUUAUACGUACAGGACGAAAGAGAUAACAACAAAAAAGCCAAACCGAACCCGAACCCAUGGAUCCCAAACCGCCCGCCUCCGGCAGGGCGGUUUUGUAUUCCUUUCGCGCACAUGUCCGUUGAGCCCCUCCAUAUACCACGCCUUGUGAAAAAUCAUACACACCGCAUGCGCACAGGCGCGCAGACGUCUGGGAAGGACCGUAGAUGUGAUCCGUUUUCCCUUUCCCAACCGUUCCCCAGGGACACCCGCUUGGUA